UUGAAAAAAAAAACAAAAAAAAAAUGGAUCUGCAACCUUUGCAAAAACGUGUCAAGAUUACAAAAUCUAUUUAUGGACAAUUAGUAAUUGGACCACCAGGCUCAGGAAAGUCAACUUAUUGUGAUAAAAUGAAUAUGUUUUUCAAAAAAAUCAAUCGUAAAGUUACACUGGUCAAUCUUGAUCCAGCUAAUGAUAACAUGUUCUAUAAACCUGAUGUGGAUAUUAUGGAAUUAAUAAAGGUUCAAGACGUAAUGGACCAUUUGCAACUUGGUCCUAAUGGUGCUUUGAUGUAUUGUAUGGAAUAUCUAGAAAAAAAUUAUGAAUGGUUGUUCAAAAAGUUAGAUGCUCAAGAGAAUAAAUAUUUUAUUUUUGAUUGUCCUGGACAGAUUGAAUUGUAUACACAUCAUUCAUCGGUGCGAGAAAUUUUUGCCAAGUUAGCAACUAGGAAUUAUCAUUUAUGUGCUGUUCAUUUAGUUGAUUCUCAUUAUUGUUCUGAGCCCUCAAAAUUUAUUUCUGCUCUCCUCAUGUCUUUAAGUGUUAUGCUACAAAUUGGCCUCCCUCAUGUAAAUGUUCUCAGCAAGGCUGAUUUGCUGCAUCAACAUGAGUCAAAUUUGUUAUUCAAUGUAGAUUUUUAUACGGAGGUGUUAGAUUUGCAACAGCUAUUAGAAUCUUUGCAAGAUGACCCAGAAACUUCAAAGUACUCUAAAUUAAAUGCUGCUAUGAUAUCAUUAAUUGAAGAUUACAGUUUGGUAUCAUUUCAAUUAUUAAAUGUAAAUAAUAAUGAGAGCAUCAUCAAACUUAAAAAUGUAAUAGAUAAGGUGAAUGGCUAUGUUUUCAAUGCUGCUGAGGAAAAAAAUAUACAAACUCUUCUUGCCUGUGCAAUAGCUAGUGUUGAUGAAUCAAAAAUGGCAACUGUAGAUAUUGGACAAAAUAAUCAAGUUACUGUUACAGUACCACAUUUGGAUGGGCUGGUACUUGCAAACAGUUUUUAAGGCAAUCAAAAAAAAUACACUAAAGAGUGUGUACUUAUUGUAAAUAAAACUACUGGCGAAAUUACAAUAGAGAAAUUAAGCAAUAAUUUGCAAGUUAAAAAGACUCGCUCUGAGAAUGGAUACAAGGCCCCACCUCCAGCAGCGAGUAGCAGUUUUAAAUUAGAAAAUUCAACACAAAGGCAAUCUUCAAAAACCAAAGUAACUAGUGGUAUUAGAAAAACUGCUAUUUCUACUUUUCCAAAACAUUCACCAAUUCAGGGUUCUCCAACAUAUCCUGUUGCUGCACAAUGGAAUGCUUCUCAUAAUCAGUCCAACUUAGCAAGUCUUCCAAUGAUUGGUUUUGAUGAUGUGGAACCAAAUGUGAACUCAUCUCCAGUAUUACCUAAUAACAAUACAACAAUGCCUGUAAGUAAUACAACUGCCUCAACUGAUGAUGCUGUUGGCGUCAUAUCCACCUCAUCUUCAUCAUCAUCAAGUUCAGAUAGUUCUGAUAGCGACAGUGAUAGUGAUGCAUCUGACAGCCCUGCCAAAGCAUCUAAUGGACAACUCAGUACUCCUAAUAACAUUCUGGAUGAAGAUUUACAAUUAUCAGAAUCUGAUUAAGAAAUAUAAAUUUAUAUCUAACACGCUUUAAAUUAUUAGAACUCAGUGGUGCAAUCUGAUGAUCCUAUAACAUUAAUAAAAUUGAUUAAUUUGAUUGUAUGACUGGAAAAAUAUAAAUAUUUAAUUAUAUAUUAUAAGAAAAACAUUAAUAUAAAUCAAU